AUGGCUUUUCACUCCUCCUACGAUGGGCUGGAGAGGAAGCUGAAGGAAGUGUUCAGCGAGCGGAGCAGCAUCCUGCACCAGCUCUCCAAGACUUCAAAGGAGCUGGACAGCAUAAAAGGCAACCUUCAGUCACUGAAAAACGAUGACUCAGUCGCCAAGAAGGACGUGCAGAGGAUUCUGGAGCUGAGCCACAAACAGAGGGAGGAGAUGAAGUCCCUCCAGGCGGCCUUGCAGAAGCAGCUGGACGAGGCAAAUGAGCGGGCGGAGAAGCAGCAGGCCACGAUCAAAUUUCUGAAAGUGGAGAUGGAGAAGAAAACCAAAAUCAUCAAGGAUCUACAGCAAGAGAACAAGAGUUUGAAAAACAAGCUGCUGUCGGGAAACAAACUGUGCGACGCCUAUGCCGAGGAGUCCAAAAAAAUCCAGGCUCAACUGAAAGAACUGCGGUACGGGAAAAAGGAUUUAAUUUUUAAGGGCCAGCAGCUCAUGGACCUGGAGCACAAGCUGACCAUCGCCAAGGAGGAGCUGGAGAAGACGGCGCUGGACAAGGAGUCUCAGCUGAAGGCGCUGAAGGACACGGUUCACAUCUGCUUCUCAGCUGUCCUGCACAACCAGCCCAGCAGCUCUCCCAGAUUCCCCGCCUCCCCCACCCACUUAUUCAGAUACUCAUCGCUCAUCAACAGCUCCAGAGUCACCUUUCAACAGCCACAUGCCAAG